AUGGCGUCUCUCCGGCUCGUGGCAGCACUGGCGCCCUCGCCCCCGCCCCCAUCUCGGCGGGAGCCGCGGAAACCUCCGCCGCCCGGGGCCCGCUUGGCGAGGGGCGUCACCCUCGCGGCGGCCGCCGCCACCGUGGCCGCGGCCGCGGCCUCGCCGCCGGCGCUAGCGGCGCUGGCCGAGCCGGCGAACGCGCUGUCGCUGCCCACCUGGGCCGUCCACGUCUCCAGCGUCGCCGAGUGGGUGACGGCGAUGGCGCUGGUCUGGGACUACGGGGAGCGCACGGGGUUGAAGGGCUGGAAGGGCCUCUCAUGGGGGAUGGUUCCGCUUCUCGGCGGAGCGAUGUGCGCGUGCACGUGGCAUUUCUUCUACAAUUCAGAGUCUCUCGAGGUACUUGUGGCGCUUCAAGGUGCGCUUACAGUGAUCGGUAACAUAACAAUGUGCAUAGCUGCGUACCGCAUCUACAAAGGGUCCCAAGAAAGCACUAACAACAACAGUCCAUAA